ACGGCAAACAUUAAUUAGGCAAGCAAACUCUUUAGACCGAGCAUCGCUUGUGCCAGCCCACUACAGGAUCGACUGCUCCACCAGCCACUCAGGGAGAUGCGUGAAGCAGCACUGUCUUAUCACAGGCGUCGAUGGCUCAAAACAGGAAGACAUUACUUUAAUAAGUGAUCCCGACUUUCUGCACUGCUUCCAUAAACAGUGUGCAGAACGGCGGCUGCUAAAGACUGGUGACAGGAACGAGUUUCAGCCUUAUACUUAUUACAUGUUCGAGGAGCAGUGUCUGCCGCCGACGUUAUGAAGGGGCUGUAUUUUGUGGAACCGAUCGUCGCUGUAUACGCGUUCGCCAGUUUUUUGCUAUAUCCUCUCGUUCAGCAAUAUGUGUACCGCCGCCUUUGGCAGGAGAUAACCAACACUACUUACCCAGUGUCGGACAGCUCUUCCCAGUGCGGCACGAACAAUAGCAAUCAUUCGAACCUCCAUGAAGAAGUGCAGAAGGCGGCCUCUUUGUUCUCUAUGUACUCGGACCUUUCCUCCAUGAUCCCCAGUCUCCUGGUGACCCUCAUGCUGGUAACCUACAGUGACCGGCGGGGCAGGAAGGUCACCAUCGUCCUACCGCUGGUGGGCUCGCUGGUUUACUGCCUGUCCUUCCUUGCUGUGUCCCUGCUCGAGCUCAACCUCUACCUGCUCAUCGUUGCCUCCUUCGUUAGCGCCCUGUUCGGCGGGGUGAGCACCAUCCUGGGUGGCUGCUUCUCCUACGUGGCCGACCGAUGCGAGAGCUCCGAGCAGAAGACCCUGCGCAUGGCUGGGGUGGACAUGGUGAUCGGCCUGCUGUCAGGAGUGGCUCUCCUGUCCUCCGGCUACUUCCUGAGGGCGACCGGCUUUAACUGGCCCUUCUUCACCUCCGCUGUGUUCCAGCUGUUCAACCUGCUCUAUGCGCUCUUUGUUCUGGAGGAGAGCAGGGUAGCGGAUGGAGGGACGACAGGCGCAGGCGGGGUGGUGCGGAGGCUCACCUUCGGCAUCUACGAGCUGUUUGCCCGGGGCGGGCGGAAGAGGACCAGGUUGGUGGUGCUCCUCAUUGCCACUUUCUGUUCCUUCAGCUUCACCAACUUCGGCAGCCUGUCCGUGAUCACGCUCUACGAGCUGAAUGAACCGCUCUGCUGGAGCGAGAUCCUCGUUGGCUAUGGCUCCGCCCUCUCGACUGCUGUGUUCGUUACCAGCUUUGCGGGCGUGGCCGUGCUUUCACGCUGUCUUCCCAACCUGGUGGUUGUCUUAAUCGGCAUGCUGUCCGUCUGCGUGAGCAUGGUGAUGAUGGCCUUUGCCAAAACCACACUGAUGAUGUUUCUUGUGAGGCUUCCCAUGCUCCUGGCCAUCAUGCCUUUUCCUGUCUUGCGCUCCAUGAUGUCGAAGGUGGUCUCAAAGUCCGAGCAGGGUGCCCUCUUCGCCUGCCUGGCCUUCAGCGAGAACCUGAGCACCAACGUGGCCAGCGCAACCUUCAACACCAUCUACGCCAGCACGGUGGCCUGGUUCCCCGGGUUCUCCUUCCUCCUGGCCGCUGGACUCUGCCUCAUCCCGCUGACCCUGCUGGGUGCUCUUCGGCUCUUCCGACUAGAGGAUGGUUGCGGAACAGAGGGCCUCCUAGCAGAGGAGGAGAUUCCAGAGCCAGGCAGCGCACCCGUAGCCUGAGUGGCAAAGGGAACCGCCACAGCUCCGCCCGCCUGCACCCGCCUGCACCCGCCUGCACCCGCCUGCCUGCUGUUGGGGGCAUCUGUGUGGAUUAUGAGAGCCUCUUUGCACCUUGGCUUCCAGUGGUGUGUCUAAACCAUUUUUGGUUUAAACAGUGUUUUGCACUUUACUUGUAGGUUUAGCCUAAGACAAAUAAGACUAAUAAGGGAAAAUGUGUAUUGAGAUCUUUUAUUGAAACUCUUGAGCAAAGGGUAGAAGUAAAUGUGCUUAGCAAGGCUGCAAAUGAAAUUGCUUAGUAAUGUUACAGUUUACAUUUCUGAGGAAAUGUAUUUUCAGUCCUGUGCAAACUAUGUUUGCAGAAGAUUUAUGGGAAAGGAAACUCUUUACUGCAGUCUUUGCAGUCAGAAAUAUUUCUCUAUGCAGGAAGGACUUUUUUAAAAUACAUAUUUAUAUAAUUAAAUAUAUUUUAUGCUACUUUUGAUGUUCUGAUAUACAAUAUAUAAGAAAUGACAAAAGAAACAAGAUGACAUGAGCUCAUAAAGCUGGUCAAUCCUAUUAAGGUGACUCUUUUAUUAACGUGUUUUAAUUGCUGAUGGCAUGUGGAAGUGCUUUUAAAUGCUGACAGUUUCAAUAAUGUAUUCAGCAAUGGUACAUAACUCUCUACUCUGAAUUUUUCAGUAUGAGGUUUUGAGAUGGAGAAAGUUAAAUUCUUUCAGUAUUUCUUGUUGCAUUUGAAGAAAUCUUAUUUUCAUUCUGUUAUUGUGUCAAGGUCACAAUGGAUUUGGUUUUUGUUUAUUUUUUAGAAGAGACGUAUAAAUAUUUUUUUAAAAUAGUAAAGAAAAAAUAAUGCACAACUUGUGCUACUUUUACAAGUCCAUAGUAUUUGUUACUGACUGUCUCACUGUUUAUUUAAGAUAACAGGUGACCUUCUGGUACUUGUAGGUCCCUCUCUUUUCGAUGGUUUGUUUUUGUUGCAAUAAGUCAAAGUUCCACAUUAGAGGAAGGGAACUCACUUGAAAACGCUAACAUUGUCAAUACUGAAUAAGCACAGCAUUAUAAAACUAUGCUAAUGGUGUUGGGGAGGCAGUUGUUGAUAUUGUGGGUGUAUAAGAGUCACAGAAAUUUGUACCUUUUAUAAAGCCAUUAUUUGGUCCAAGACUGUUUAUGAAUAUGAAGGAUUACUGUGAUAGACCUUCCGGGAACAACUAGCGUUUGCAUUCCCUGUGUAACUACAGUUUCUGUAGUUGGUUGGUCAGACCGGGAAAGUCUCAACACUGACUCCCCUCACUGUUUCUUUUCCUAAUUUCAUGCUCAGAUAUUUUUAUACACAGAUAGAUUAAUACUGGAUCAUAGCUUUGGAAAGUACCAUACAAAUUGAAUCCCCCUUUAAAAACAAUUUUUCACUUCCUUUUUUGAAUGAGAGAUGUAUAAUAAUCAUGAGCUACAUCACUCUUGUGCAUAAAGUUCAUAGUGUUUUUGGCUACAGGUCUCCCUCAACAACAUUUAAAAAAAAAAUAUGAACUGCCUUUUGCUUGGUAAUUUUAGCAUGACUUGUAAUUAGACUGCAAUAUUCAUAAUCAAUUGAUAAUUAUUCUGUAAAAAUUCAUUUGGAAAUUAAGUCCGUUUGUUUGCCGUGGGGUAGCUGAGUACAGCAAUCAGACCUCCAGUACAAUUCACAGUACUUUUUUAUACCACUAGGUGGCAGUCUAGAUCUCUAUGCCAGUAAACUAGAAAUUUAAUAAGCCUCAUGUCUGACAAAACGUUUUCACUAGUGCCAGCGUGAGGAACAUUUAUGAUGUGUUCUGUGUGAAAGUAACGAUGAAAUAUACACAAAUAAACGUCUGUGAUUUCGUGCUUUUA